ACAUUCGGGUAGCUGCCAACUGCUCUGCUCGUCGUCGAGUGGAACGGACAAAAAUCAUUAGAAUGUGGCGUAUUCUGGCCUCCACCGUCCUGGUGGCUCUGGCGGCGGGCCAGCUUGAGGUGCCCGGCGCCUACCUGCCUCCCGCGUGUCCCGAGCCCAAAACCAUCUUCAACACCGAGACAAAGGUGGUCACAAACACCGUCACCCGCGUGCUGACGUCGGUGGUCACGCAGCAGGUGCUGCUGACGUCAACCGUCACGAGCGUCGUGCCCAGCACCAUCAGCGUCACCAACACCGCGAGCGAGACCAAGCAGGUCAUUGAGUCGAGCGUUGUGUCGCGCGCCAUCCAGCUGACCGUGACCAAGACUGUCAGCCAGCCGGGCCCGACGAUCACCGUGACGAGGACCAAGGUGGUGAGCGAAGUCAGCGUGCUCAACAAGGAGCAGCUCAAGACGCUGGAGGUGACGCAGACAAAGGUGGUCUCGAAACAGGAGACCGCGACCAAGAAGGUCACCAACACGGGUACCAAGAAUGUGGAGAAGCUGAUUUACUCCACCAGCACGUUGGUCGUGCCUGGCAAGACGGUGGAGCAGAUCAAGACCAGCGAGCUGGUGCAGACCAAGGUGGCAUCCUCGCAGCUGCCCGCCGUGACCAAGAUUGACACCAAGGUGCAGUACAUCACUGUCACGCUGACGGAGACACUGCCUGGUAAGACCAUUACUCAGAUCAAGACCGCCGUCAACACUAGGGCCAUCACCAUCACAGACACCUGCGACCAAGACGGAUCUGGUCACCGUGCCGCAGGUCAUCACCCAGACGCAGCCGGCAUACGCCACGCGCACCGUGGUCAGCACGAAGGUCUCUACCGUUGUCGUCACCGUUACGCAGACGGUACCAGAGUACGUGACGCAAACUCAGACGAAGAUCUCCACCAAGCCGGUGGUGGUCACCCAGACGCGGACCGUCAUCAACACAGUCACGGGCAAGGACGUGGUCCGCGUCCUCUCCCAGACGCAGACGACCACCUUGCGCGUGCCCGGCCCGGACGUGACCCUCACUCAGACGACGACCGUGUACCAGACCGGUGUGGAGGUCGUCACCUCCACCAAGAUUCAGCCGUCGAAGGUCGUCAAGGUGACCACGGUUACGGAGUCGUGCAAGGGCUACAACUACGACACUCCGGAGAACCCGCUGCUGAUCUAGACGCCACGGACGCCGGCCUUCAUCAAGACCGAGACAGCGCCGCACGAGCGCCGAGCGAUGAGAGGGUAUAAGUUAUGAGUGUGCUGAACGAUUGCUGCCCACGUUGAAUAUGUGCCUGUUGUGACCACAUGACCAUUUUGUCAUGCGCUGUGGCCGUUCCGCCGCAAUUUCAUGCUCUGGAAAUUAAUAAAUCUAAGGGAACCGAAAGACCAUAUGCUAUACGAAAUCACCGGCAAAUUUACUGGACUGCGGGGGUGCCACCUGCGAAGUGGAUGGACUCAGGUAAGCGUGAGAACAAGAGGCGACAAAUUUUCAGCCGCGCCAACAAUACGCCUGUUUCAUUCGUGUGUGUUAUCUGCACUUGUUCUUGAUUGACAUAGGACGGGAUUUUGACCGCUCCUGUGUGUCAUGCUUACGCGUGCGCUGUUAUCCUGGCAGUUGGGGGUGGUGCUGAGUUUCUUGAUGUCUCUGUCUCUGUGCGCGCCUCACCGUUCCCCACUCUUGAACACUAAACCAUCCACUAGAACAAAUUCAGGCAAGCGAAACCCGCUCAAAGGUCACAAAGCUAACAUCGCUGUCAAACCCAUUGGCUAUCCCACCAAAGCUUCUUCACGUUCGAGCCCCUCUCCCUCAGCUUUAAGCGCGCAUUGUCGGAACCUGACAUCGUGUGAUGGCCAGCGUGUUAGUCUUGGAGCGGCCACUGGCGCCGAAAGGUGACCGGGCUGCGCCG